UUUCAGGGUUCAAAUUUAUCAUGAUUCUCCUAUGCUGUUCGGCCUUCUUAACUCUAGGCUCCAUGGGUCAUAAUAUAUUAGAGUUCUGUGGUUAUAGUAUAUUUCAGUGCGUGCUACAGAGAGAUCGUACAGUUCUAGAACUUCGCAAGAAUGAAUCAAGCAAAUAUAUCUAACUUGGUAUCUAAACUCAAUAUAUAUGUUCGACCGAAAGCUCGGCGGCUCAAGAAUCCAGCCGGUCCAGAGGGGCGAUUGUUAAAAUUGAGAAAAACCGUGACGGCUCUCAUUAAAUAUGAACGACUAGAAUUGAAUUUCAAUCGAGGUGAAGAGGCGAGGGGAUACGCCGAGCGCCUCAUAUCGGAAGCCCUGAGACAUGGCCCGGCUCACCAUGAAACAAUGAAACUGGCAGAUUUCUGGAUUUUGGAAAAGCAGUAUGUCCACAAAUUAUUCAAGGUUCUGGUACCCCGAUAUGAAAACUUCACUAGUUCCUACACGAAGAUGUACAAUGCGCCACGUUUAUAUCCUGGAAUGUAUUAUAAAAAGUCUGUACUGGAGUUAAAAGGAAACGUGUACCCAAGCUUGCAUCAGGAAUAUUCUCAAAAGCGUAAUCUCCUACACAAUGUAUUGCUAGAUGAAGCAAGGAAGGAAUUUCGGCUGAAGAAAUACGACGAAAUUGUUGACAAUUUCAAACAAACACGAAUGUGACUGACGCAGCGGUUCUACGUGAAACCCGUAUGAGUAGCUGUUUCUCACCCAGGUCUCCCGUUCGACAAUGAAUAAAUGACUGCGUAUACUAGUGACAGUGUUGUACCUCAAUAGUUUUCACAUUGAGUCGAAACUCGUGUGUUACGGGUUGAAGUCCGAAUGACACAGACGCUUUUCUCAUUAGACAUUGAAUAGACCAUUAUUUCCACCGAUUUGAGUUAGUAUGUUUAACGACUGAAUAUUGUCGGGCAAAGUGAGAGAUGUUCACUAACUGGAUCGAAAAAACGGAUGAGCAAGAUCCAUUUGCAACUCUACUCUCCAACAUGUCCUGUACUAGUCUGGGUGGUGGGCCAAACAUUUUCUUAACAUGUCGCAACGCUAAUUUGGAAAGUGGAGAAACUUGUAGAAGCAUUGAAAAAAUCCAACACGUAUAUCUCGCGUGAUGCCCGUUCAUUCGUACCUGAUUGUGGCUUCACAAUGGAGCGGUAAGUCGUUCCUUUGUGGCAUUGGUGUCGCUAUCACUGGGAUUCGUGACUGCUUCCGUCUCAC